GCCAUUUAGGGAUUUAUGUAAUUCAUUCUCUGCACGAGACUUAAUUUUAGCCCCUUUAGAGUUUAGUCUGAUCUCCACGGACGCGAUCUAAGGGGGCGGGUGGGCGGAGGUAAGAGAGAGAGAGAGAGUGAGUGUUGCCAUCAGCCGAGCUCCGCUAUUAUCGCCAUGACGGUCGUCUAUUGCGAUAAGAUCGCCAGCCAUGGAGGCUUCGGGUCCUUCUUCAAGCUGCUCCUCAAAUGGCGCGGCAGCGUGUACAAGAUGGUGUGGCAGGAUAUGCUGGUGUUCAUCGUCCUGUACUACGUGAUCACUCUGAUCUAUCGAUUCGCCCUCCCCGAGGAAAACAUGAGAGUCUUCGAGAUGGUCGUGGUCCACUGUGCCAAAUUCAGAAACUUGAUCCCCAUCUCCUUCGUCCUGGGCUUCUUCGUCUCCCUGGUCGUCAGCAGGUGGUGGAGUACUUACAAAAGCCUCCCCUGGCCUGAUACGUUGGCCAUCACCCUCAGCACCUAUAUAACUGGACAGGAUCCAGAAUCCAAGAACGUCAGAGCGACCAUCUUGCGUUAUGUCAAUCUCACCAUCGCCCUGACCUUUGCUAAGAUUUCUCCUGCAGUUAAGAGGAAACUACCAAACCUGCAGCAGUUCAUUGUUGCUGGGUACUUGACAGACGUUGAAAAAAUUGCCCUCGACAACAUGGAACUGAAGACGAAACAGCACAAGCUCUGGGUUCCCAUCACUUGGGCUUGUAAGACUCUGCAGAAGGCCAGAAAUGACGAGGUCGUGGUGAACGACUCACACCAGCGGCUGAUAGCGGCUGAAAUCAUGGCCAUCAGGAGCCAGUGCGGUGGCCUCUUAGGAUUCAGCUUUUACAAUAUACCCCUUGUGUACACACAGGUCGUGACCAUAGCAGUGUACUCGUUCUUCAUCUUCUCGCUGAUCGGAGAGCAAUACUUGGACCCGAGUCAAGGAAUCCCAACCCACGUCAUCGACCUCUACUUCCCCAUGUUCGCCCUUCUGCAGUUGUUCUUCUACAUAGGCUGGCUCAAGGUAGCAGAGGCUCUGCUUAACCCCUUCGGCGAAGACGACCACGACUUCGAGUUCAACUCGAUGCUUCAGAGGCACAAGGAGGUUUGCCACAUGUUAUCUGAAGCUGACAAGAAUGAGCUCCCUCCUCACCUGCAAGAAUUAUACGCGGCAGAGGUCACCAGCAACAACAUCGAACCGUGAAAGAUUCUGGCGGGAUCAGGACUGCAGGGUGCGACAGUAAGGAAGGUUUUGACAGAUAGGAGCACAUUUUUAUCCUGAUUUAGACAUGGAGGACAUGGAGGAUGAUGUUGAGAGAUCUUGACAGAGAGGCUGACAUUUUAAUCAAGGUUUUGACAGGUAGGAAGACAUUUCAUCCUGAUUUAGACAUGGAGGAUGAUGUUGAGAGAUCUUUAAAGAGAGGAUGACAUUUUAAUCAAUGUUUUGACAGAUAGGGAGACAUUUUAACCCUGAUUUAGGUCUGCAGAAAGUCAUUUAAACAAGAUUUGGACAAAGAGCCUGACAUUUCACUCAAGGGUCCGACAGAGAGGAGGACGUUUAAGCUAGUUCUUGGCAGAAUGGUUGAUAUUUAAGCCAGGGUUCCAAAGGAGAGGUUGAUAUUUAAACAAGAUUUUGGCAGAGAGGAAGACAUUUCAUUCUAAGUUCAAACGAGCGGAAGGCAUUUGCAAUGAAGAUUUUGACUGAGGAAGGCAGUUUAAUCAGGAUGUUUAUAGAUAGGGGGUUUUGACAUGAAAGCAUUUUGAUAAAGAUUUUGGUAGACAGAUGGACAUUUUGAAUAAGAUUUGCAGUAGAUGGAAGAGAUUUAAAUCACUGUAUUUUCAGAGAAAGUGCCAUUUUUAGGUAAUGUUUUAACGGACCGAAGAAACUUGUAUCAAGGUUUCAAAAAGAUUGCCAAAUAAGGACACAAUUUUUUUUUACAUUCAGUUUCCUUAAUUUUCUUACAUUAUAUGUAUAUAUAUAUAUAUCUAUAUAUAUAUAUAUAUAUAUAUAUAUAUAUAUAUAUA